UUUCUCCGCAAUGUUGCGAGCAGAGACUCCAAACAUUAACUUGCUGUCUCUCCAAGGACGCUGUCUGACCCGCUGUGAUCUUCAGCAUUUGUAGUUUUCAGUAUCUAUUUUAAGACAGUAGUUUAUUUACGGGAAGACAGUAACUGUUCAGAAGACGCGGGCCUUGCUCGCAGGCUUUUGAAUACUCAUUGAGUGAAUUUGCGACACUUGCUCUCGAACCUUUUGGAUUGGUCUGUCUCACACACUCUCGGCUCUCGAAACGGGUUAGCACCUGAAAUGGUAACAGUUGGCGCGGGGAUGCGGUAUGAAGACGGUGGGCUUGGCGGUGUUCGGGAGAAAGGCGGAAGGGAAAGCCUCUAGCCGCUGCCCUUCCAGCAGCUUCAAUAUGCAGAACCCGGCGGACCAGCACCAAAACUUGCAACGGCCGCAAAUCCCAGCUACUGACUCUUGAGGUGCCCGGAAGUCAGCGAUACUAACACCCCUUCCUCCUUAUUAAACUUAAUUUUUUACCGGUCAGAGGGUGAGACCUCCAGCUGAUUUCCGUAACCGAAUACGUGGGGAUUGUGAGUGAGAGCGCAUGUGCUAGUUUUCACUUUUCCCUUCCCCCAUCGGAAAGACGGUUCCUACUAUCUCGGUUACUUUAACCUUGGUGGCGGUUGGACUUAGAACGUUGGUCCGGGUCUCGAGAGCGUCUUGGUCUCGCAGCAUGUCUCGUGUAUUGGGUUUCGUCUCGGCGCUACUAUUGCGGGCGGUGUACCGGGGCUCGGCAGUCGAGGUCUGCCGACAACUCAGAAACCAACGGCCUCUUUCUUGGGCUCCAUUUUAUCUAACCCGGCAGAACAGUUACCGGAGUGUUUGUACAGCUCCCUCUGAAACAGUCACCUACCAGGAACUGAAACAGUUGCUUAAAUCAAAAACAAUUGUGAUUGAUGUCAGAGAACCCUGGGAGAUCAAGGAGUAUGGACAAAUUCCCGGAUCUAUAAAUGUGCCGUUGGGACAAGUGGAGCAAGCCUUGAAGUUGGAUCCAAGCAAAUUCAUGGAAACCUACAAUGGGAAGAUGCCAUCCACAUCCGACAAAAUUGUCUUUUCAUGUUUGGCAGGAGUCAGGAGCAAGAAAGCUUUAGAUACUGCAGCAUCAAUGGGCUACAGCAGAGCUCUACAUUUCCCUGGUGGUUGGGAAGAAUGGGUGAAACGUGAAUUUGCUGAACGUCAGCGCUGAGCUGCUUUGAGAAUUUUUUUCCCCAAAGAAAUAUGAAGAAAUAAAAAAAAAAUUCUCCAUCAUGAGCACUACUCAGGAACAUUAAAUCUUCACUUCUAAUAAUUGAACUUUUCUUGCCUAAACAUCACUUCUUUUUCUGUAGCUAAAAUGUAUAGCUGAGAAUUGUGAAAGAUUUGAGAUAUGUUUUUUCAAAACUGGCAACAAACUUUACCAUGUUAUGCUUUUGGAAUAAAACCCCAGUAGGCUAAAUUUAACAAUUUACUGUAUUUUUAUUUGAGAGUCAGCAGAAUUUGUAUUAAGCUGUGAUUUAUAACUAUUAACCAAACCUCUGCAUUUUAAGUUUUUCUGUAUGACAGAAUUGUACUUUUUAAAACUUCAUGCACCUGUUUUGACAGACAGCUAAAUAAUAGGUUAAGUUGUCACUAAAAUUUAAGAAUACUUUGGUUCACAUGGAAUUACUUUCUGCCACGCCCUCCCAAUUUAACUUCAUCUAAGGUCUUACGCCUGGCGGUGUCACUGCAUGUAUAGCUUUUCUUUUAAUGUGUAUUUUAUGCACAUUUGGUCAUGUUAAAGCUGUCCCACAUUCAGAAAGCCACUUGUGCAUAGAAUAUGAGCUUUUACCUGAAACAACUGCAUGAGGAACUAUAUUUUGGAAUAGUUUUACAACUUUGAAUAUUUAAUUAUUGUUGAAAAUCACUUUGAAAUUUUAACUUGCACUCAGAACAGAUUACAAGAAACAUCAAAGGAAAGGGAAAACAGCAUUUACGCCAAACCACAGUGGUUGGCAAGUGCGCCUAGUGAUGGAUGUGUUGCCAUGAUGUAUGUAUCAGUUAAUGAUAACUAACAAUUAACCACCAAGCAGGUCUGGCAGCAUCUGUGGAGAGAGACAAUUACCAUUGAACACCAUGUACCCACCAUGUACCUUCCCCAAAACUUCAUGUCAACACCACACUGCAAAAAAAAGCCAGCCUGAUCAAAUAAUUUAUCAUUGUUUAUUAUUCAAAAGCUAUUGGCCUAGGACCAUCUUUGUUCUGAGAAGUAUCCAGUUUAAGUAAAAUGAAGGAAAAAUAAGAACACCUGUUUUUUAAAUCCCUGUAAAUAUAUGCAACACAAACUUGCUAUGCUGCCUAAGCAGUCACUAGAAACAAUUUAUCCAAUAAUGGCAACUACAAAAUCAGUUUGAAGCUUUCCUGCACCUUGUGAUGUGAGGCAUACUAAGUAUGCUUGACUGUGGCUACUUUUCUUACUGGAACAGGUAAGUCAUGAGAGACUAUAUCUUGAGGUGUGCUCCUGAGAUGCUGCUUGGCCUGCUGUGUUCAUCCAGCCUCACAUUUUAUUAUCUUGGAUUCUCCAGCAUCUGCAGUUCCCAUUAUCUCUUAUAUCUUGAGAUGUGCCAUUUGUAUCAAGUUAAUACACACGUGGCCUCAUUGCAAAUGCAUCUUGUUGCGAUGCAAGUCUGGGAGUGAUACUCAGUUAUCACUUAGAUAACUCUCGCUUAGAAACAAGGAUGUUACCUAACAGAACAUAAAAACCUUCUUCAGUGAACCAAUAAAUCUCUAAAUUUUGUUGGAUAUUUGUGAGAAUGAGGAAAAUGUUUAACAACUUAGUUUGCUCCAAACAGUAAUCUAGCUUUUCUGAAUCCACUCAGCUAGAGAUUGAACGUUACUUAAGAUACUGAAGGAUUUCAGCUAGAGGUAUGUUAACUCCCAAAUUUCAUGCUCUUAUUUAAAAACUCAAGCACAUGAACAGCAAGAUCGGAGUAAUUUCAUGUAGACGUGUGUACUGUAACUUAAUGCUAUACCAUUUGUCAUGAUUCUCAAAUGUAACAUUAGAAAUUAGUGCAGAACAUUAAAUCUUCAAAGCCCCAUCUGUUUAAGUGAUUAAAUUGUUUUAUUCUGUAAUCUUUACAUCUUUUGUAAACAUCAACUAAAGAGGUAUUUAAAAACUCCAACUUUUACAGUAUUGGACAAGUAGGUUUGAAUGCUUGAUUUUCAUUAUUUAUAGCUAUUCUAGUAAAGAUAGUUCUCAGACACCUGAUUAUGUUUGAUUCCCUUGAUGGUGAGUAUUUGAAUUUUGUAACCAGCUGUGAUUAGCUAGAAAGUAUCAUCAGCACAGAUGGAUUUUUUUAAAAGAACAAAUCUGGUAGAUAUUAAAUGAGAACACCACCCUUGCAACACUAGUGUGCCCUAGUGAAAACUACACAACUAUGCUAGUUUUGGCAGAUAUGACAGUCCAUACUGUACUGUAUUCUUGGUUGGUUGAAAAUUCAGUCUAAAACAUUUUCAAACCUAUCAAAUGCAACUAGUGGUUUGCAAUUGGGUAUGUGGUAAUUCAAUACAAAUUUUAUUUGCCACAUUCCCUAAUCCUAAUCAGAUUUUUCCACAAAAGCAAUUCACAGCUGUAAAAACCAUUGUAACAGCACAUUCUUCAGAUGUAUUUUUGCUAAGAAUGUUUGUAAAACUUUCACUUUGUUCAUGUAACAUUCUAUUAGAAUGAUUCUUCAACUAAUACAUUUCAAGGAAAUGCUGUAAUAUUUUGUAAAGAAAUGUUAAAAUCAUGUUCUUGGAUGGCUCAAAAUAUACUAAUGUCUGUCUUCACAAAUGUGCAUCAUUUUCUGUAAGAGACUGGAUAAAAAGUACUUGGAUUAUAUAGUGCAUUUUACCUCAAGAUAUCCAAAGGCAUUUUACAGUCAGUUAAAUACUGAAGUCUCAUCACUGUAGGAAUAACAGCUGCAAUCUCUCAAUUAUACUUGUUAAGUCAAUAAAAAUUGACACCACAAA